CCAGCGUCGUGUAGCAGUCGGCACAGUCAUCAGCUGACCACAGCAGACAACAGUCCACUCUUGUGAACUCCAUACAAAACAACUCACACACACAAAAUGCAGAAAUACGUGUUGUGCGCCCUUGCUCUGAUCGCCGUGGCGGCGGCCGCACCCCAGCAGCCCGCCGAACAACACCCAGUCUACGUCCUCAAGCAGGAGUCAGACGUCGGCCCACACGGUUAUACUUUCGACUUCGAGACAAGUGACGGAACCGCUCGUCAAGAACAGGGUACACUGAAGCAGGUGAGCGAAGACCACCAGGCUCUAGAGAUCAAGGGAAGCUACAAGUACGUGGCUCCUGAUGGCGUGGUCUACGCUGUGACCUUCACCGCUGAUGAGCAUGGUUUCCAACCCCAAGAGCAUGUGGAGCACCCCAACCAAUAGAUGGGAACAUAGUCUAUAGAAAUAUUCUAGAACAUUCUAUAAGAUUGCAAGGCUUGUAAAAAACACCUGUCUGUCUAAUCUCGUUUUAAGUAAGAU